AAAUUCACGAGAUGGGAAAGAAAAAGCACCACAAGAAGAAGCCUCAAGUGGCGUCUAAUUCCCGGGCUCCGGUAAACACCGGGGAAAAGACCAGCAAUGGAGUGGGAAAGAAAAAGCCCAGAUUUGCCAAACAAGGCAGCGUUGGGGCAUCUAAGAAGAGGCAGAAUACCUUCAGGAAGCAAAACACAAAAGGUACAGGACCAAAAAAGCAACUCCCAGAAACUGUAAAUCGCAAUAACAGUAAAGAUGCCCCAAAAGUUGCCAAAACGACAUCUCCCGUUGCCAGUGCAUCGAUGAAGCGAAAGACACCAGCACAAGACAGAAGCAAGGAGCCAAAGCCAAAGAGGAAGAAGGAGAGUCUUCAGUCCCUAGCGUCUCCAGGGCAGUUUGUCAGGCUGAGGAAUCCAGCCACUUCUCCAGAAGAGGUUCAGAAGAAAAAGCCAUCUCUGGCUGUUUGCAAAUUUGAAGCCCAUUAUUCUACUGGAGAGGAAGACUUUGAGGAGUCUGAAGAUUACUUCGAGGACGCUGAUUCAUCUUCUAUUGACGAAGAACUCUCAAGUGGUGAGGAAUUGGAUGAGAAUUCUUCCAACGAUGACGAGUAUUCCAUUGAGGAGGAAGAAGCAGAGGAGGAAUUUGACACCGACACUGAUUAUUCAGAGGAAUAUUCUUCUGAUUAUGAUUCUUCCCCAAUUAAUUACACCAGUGAAGAUGACGAAGAUUAUGAUCCAGGAGAGCAGUAUGAUGAUGUGAUAGUGAGCCAGGGAGAGGCCAAGUAUAGGGAUUUGUCCAGCUCAAGGAUUAAGUUUAAUGAUGAUAGUAUGUCUGAAAUUGUUGAAUAUGUGUCUGACACCGAGGAACAAGUGAAGAAGAAGAGAGAUUCAUCAGAGAUGUUAGUGAAGAAGGACCGCGACACCAGUAAAGCCACUGUUAGUGUUGGGCGCGUACGACUUGACAGACCGCAGAAUGCACCUAAAGAUUCUCUGAAGAUUCCUAAGAGUUCUGUAAAAGGAGCCAAAAUUGUUUGCUCUCGACAUUGUUCACAUGAUCAGAUUUCUCCGGGAAAAGUCACCCAGAUUGAGACUGAAGAAAGCCCUCUCUCUCUUCUCAAACACAAUGACGACGAGGUGCAGAGAGAGCCAGAGCCUGGACCAGAGCAUGAAUCUUCAGAUGAGACUCCAGAACUGGAAACGACAGAGACUUGCGAGGAUGACGAUGAUGAUCCAGGCACGGUGAAAUUCUACAAUGCCAUAGAUUCCUAUCAUGUACUUCUGCAUCUCACCGAAAGUAUUCAUUUCCAUGGAAAUCUCUCCGUCACAUUGAUUUCUGGGAGUGCUUCUAUGCUCGACUAUAAGCUGAAUAGCAACGAAACAGUCACAGCACAUGCUCCAGUUGGAUAUUCGACAGUUAGCAUUACGCCAAAUCCCUCUAAAGUUGUCGAUAACUGGAAGGACUCGUCAGACAUCAAGGAUAUGUUCUUCGAGGAGGAUCUGAAGGAAAUUGAGAGAAAUCUGAAGUCUUCACAUGCACUCUUGCUGCUUCACAAGACCUCCAAUGAGCGUGUGAAAAUGGUCAAGAAGUAUUCAAGCAAUCGAGUCUUUCCCAACAUGAUCACGUACAAGAAGCCAAGACCUUUUUCCUCAACCGAGUAUAUCCUCCAGUGUCGCUUCAGUUUUCACAGCCAGCGCAUUUUCCAAGUGAAUCCGGAUUGGGAGUGGAUUUCUGUGACGGACAAGAGUCGAAUUGUGAUAACUGGAGGAAAAAACGUGGGGAAAACAACACUGAGUCGCCAUUUACUCAAUAAGAAUGUGAAAACAUUCGGAAGAAUUCUGCUGAUCGAUCUGGACAUUGGCCAGCCAGAAAUCUCUCUGCCUCAGACUGUCUCUUAUACGCUCCUGGAUCGACCAAUUCUGGGAAUGGGUUGCUUUGUGGACAAACAACCGGACAAAAGCUACCUCUUUGGCGACCUCAAUGUGGCCAAUGCGCCUCAGAGGUAUUUCGAGUGUGUCUCAAAGCUGAUUCAGGAUGUUCGAGCAGAAGAGGAGUUCAAGAAUAUUCCCUGGAUCGUCAAUACAAUGGGAUAUGUUAAGGGAGUUGGGCUGGAACUGAUGAUUGCGCUGCUGCGACUAAUUGCUCCAACGGACGUUGUGCAGAUUGCUCAUAACAUUCAAUUGGAGAACUUUGACUGCGAAAUUACCACAAAUCUGGUUAAUGAAUGGAACUGGGCGAUACUCAGCGAUGAAGUGGAAUCUCUAAGUCCAUGUGAGGAGUUCAAAACCUUUUGCUACAACACAAUGGUCAGUGGAAACUUGGCUGGAGAUUUGAAGAAGUCCAAGGCUCCGGAGACCAGACAGAUGAACAUUCUCGCUCAUUUGGGAGGAAUUCUGGGAGACAAUUGUGACUGGAUUACUCAGUCUAGGCCAGUUUGUGCGCCGCUGGACAAGAUCAAGAUCUUCAAUUUCACCGACGAAGAAAUCAAUGAGGAGCUGAACUGUGAUUUCUUGAACGCUAAUCUGGUCUAUCUGUGUAAACAGUCCGACGAUAAUGAUAUUCUUCAGUGCCUGGGAAUAGGAAUCGUUCGCGGCAUUGACGAGACUCUGCAGACUGUAUACCUUCUCCCUUCCACGCGCCAAAAUUUGAUAAAAGUCAACACUCUGGCAAUUUGCCACAUCACGCUUCCGCCUCUCUUGAUUCUCAAUCAAAGCUCUGUCGUCCAGGAUGAUGUGCCCUUUAUCUACAAUACAGACGAGGGCAUCGGCUCCAGGAAUGUGGUUUCCCGGGCGUUCAGACCAGAGAAGGCCAUAGUAAACAUGUACGCUAAGAACGUGGUGUGAUAAGCUAAGACAUUUUAUGCAAAGAUUCAUGAAUUAAAACAGAAAUAAGUAA